AUGGAGAAGCAACCUUUGCCAACUGACGAUGACGGGACAGAAACCACAGAGUCGGGCAUUGACGGGUACGCUGGCGAGGAGGGCCAGCCCGGCCUGUCCGAGCCUGCCGCUCGAGCAGGAUGGAACAGCAAAAUAGAGUAUUUUUUGGCUCAGGUGGGAUUCAGCGUCGGGCUCGGCAACGUCUGGAGGUUUCCAUAUUUGUGCCAUCAAAAUGGAGGAGGGUCUUUUCUCCUCCUGUAUGUGCUGCUGAUGCUGAUUGUGGGCAUUCCCUUGUUCUUCCUGGAGCUGGCAGCCGGGCAGGCCAUCCGACAGGGCAGCAUCGGAGUGUGGAAGUACAUCUCCCCCAGGCUGGCAGGGAUCGGCUACUCCAGCUGUGUGGUGUGUUUCUUCGUGGCUCUGUACUACAAUGUGAUUCUUGCAUGGAGUAUUUUCUAUCUGGGGAACUCGUUUCAGUCCCCUUUGCCUUGGACACACUGUCCGCAGGAGGGGAACGCAACAGUAAAAGAAUGUGAAAAGAGCUCCCCCACAUCGUAUUUCUGGUACCGCAAAGCUUUGGACAUCACAGAUUCGAUUGAUGAGACGGGCUCUUUCAACCCUUACAUCGUGUGCUGCCUGCUGGCGGCCUGGACCAUCGUGUGCCUGGGAAUGUUCAAGGGUAUCAAGACCUCUGUCAAGGUGAUGUAUUUCUCCUCCAUCUUCCCCUACGUGGUGCUGUUCUGCUUCCUCGUCCGAGGGCUCAUGCUGGAUGGGGCGUCGGAGGGAAUCACCUACAUGUUUUACCCCAAGCUGGAAAUCUGGGGGGACAUGCAGGUGUGGCGGCAGGCAGCCACGCAGGUCUUCUUUGCCUUAGGUCUUGGCUUCGGGUCCAUUAUCGCCUACUCCUCGUACAAUCCCAAGAACAACAACUGCCACCGCGAUGCCUUCACUGUCUCCACUAUUAACUUCCUCACAUCUCUGCUGGCCUCUCUGGUGGUGUUUGCUGUGCUCGGCUUCCGCGCCAAAAACAAGGCCAUGACAUGUGUGGUCAGUAAUAUAAAGGAGUUGUCGGAGCAGUUUCUCAGUGGGCCUGUGGACACAAACCUGACGCCAGGAUUUAACUAUUCUGAUCCCAGUUCUGUGGCUCUAAAGGACUACAGGGACUGGUUCCAACAGCAUGGACAUCUGUUCCCAGGCAAUCUAACAGACUGUGACCUGGAAAAAGAGAUGCAGCAGGGUGUGGAGGGCACAGGCUUAGCUUUUAUUGCCUUCACAGAGGCCAUGUCAUGCCUGCCCGGCAGCCCCUUCUGGUCAACACUCUUCUUCCUCAUGCUGCUUAACUUGGGACUCAGCACCAUGUUUGGCACCAUGGAGGGCAUCCUCGCCCCUCUCACUGACCGCUUCAAGACUCUGGCCAACAACAAGACCAAAUUCACAAUUUUCAGCUGCCUCGUCGGUUUUCUAAUUGGCCUGCUGUUCACUCAGCGUUGUGGAAACUACUUUGUGAUGAUGUUCGAUGAUUACUCUGCCACUCUACCCCUCAUCAUUGUCGUGGCUUUUGAGACCUUCAGUGUCUCUUGGCUAUAUGGCGCUGACAGGUUCCUUGAUGACAUUGAGGCGAUGCUGGGCUGGCGUCCCCCUGUGAUUUACAAGUACCUGUGGAAAUACGUCUGCCUGCUCGCUAUGCUGGGGCUGCUGGGCGCCACCGUCAUUCGCAUGUUCAUCAAACGGCCCACUUAUAUGGCAUGGAACCAAGAGCAGGGUUCUGAGGAGAUCCUUGAGUACCCAGGCUGGGCUCUGGCAGUUAUGGCCUUACUGAUCAUAUUUGCAAUGAUGCCCGUCCCAGUGGCCUUCAUUCACGCUGUUCUGCUGGACCGCACAAGUCACACAGCCAGAAAUACAGAGACGGGUCAGUACAGCAUCGUUAGCACCGAGGACAAGUGCGAAACUCCGAUGACUGACAUGUCGGACCCGGACCGAAGAAACGGGACCGCUGCUUCCUUUUCCUAAACACUUGGCGUGGAAGGGAGAAGGUGGGAAAUGACUCCAAACUUCAGCGGGCCGUUUUGAAGAACAGUGGAUUAUCUCAAAGCGUUUAGUGAAGCUGUGGCACAGAAAAAGAUUCCUUUUAUUUUAAUAUUUAAAACCUUCUUCUGUUUUUUUUAUGCGGAACAAACAACUUACUGUUGUGUCGUAACACAAGGUAGGACUUGCAAUCAUUUAUUGUUACGGAGUUGGUGUCCAAAUGAGCAAAAAACAAUGUUUCUUUAGUUUUCAGCCGUAGACGUCACGUUCAGUAACCGUCUAAGUGAGACGGUUACAUCAGGAACAAGUGAAUGCAGCAAUUGGGUAAAGUAUUGGGGCUGUCACCAUCAGGAAUUCCAUACAAAUAAUUGUGAUUUAACGAUUUAAUUGCCUUUUUCUGUUCAUGUUGUGCCGCACAGUGGUGACUUAAAUCCAGGUUCAUUUCAAUGGCUACUCAUCCAAAAUAAUUUUUUGGGCAAAAUAGUCAAUUAAGAAAGUUUUAUCUUUUGCUGCAGAGAUUUAUUUUUAAAUCGCUUGUUAAACUGUCGACCUAAUGUAUCGACAACGUCAGUGCUUAUUUCUUCGUCUGCCCCGAGUGUACUCUCUCUCCAUCGACCGCACUGGUUACGCUCGCACUCCACACACAGAGCUGUUUCUGAAAUGACCCACGCUGCUGUUACAACGCCACAAUUCCACGCACACAUCUUAAUGUGAACUGUCUAAUGAGAAAAGCUGGAUGUUAAGACUACAACUCCCACAUAUCUUUCCCUUGUAGGGGAGACUGCUGUAAAUCGAGAGAGCACUUCUCCGUCAUCAUCCUGCUUUGUAAGCAACAAAGACAGAAGAACCUGUCCAUCAGCUUUGUUUCCAUGUGUUGUUCCUGACGUGGGAACCUUGAAACACACCUAAUGUCACCUAAAUGUUGGCUUUAGAGUCCCUUGAUUGUGCAAAACGAUCGCAGUUGGCUCUAAAAUCCCGACUAUGUAAUAAUUACAACAGGCAUACACAGUAUUAAUGCUAGUUACUGCACAGAAGCCAUCUGACCAUAUUUAUUUCAACAAUCGUCGACACAAGGACUGUUUGCUGUCUGAGCUUUGGCGGUUUGUCAAGUGACCGUAUGGUACAAAUGUUAAGGUAAACUGUAAAUAUGUAUAUAGUACAUAUUGUAGAAACUCUUUGAGAACAAAUGUAAUUGAACAUGUGUGGGACCUUCUGUCAUUUUAUUAUUUGUAAAUUAGAAAUGUGCAUGAUGCAUCUCUUUUUCCUUAAGCUCGUGAGUUUAGUGCACUACAUGAUGUAAUUAAUGUGUUAGUUUGUUUUACAUUUUCUAUCAGAAUGAACUUUAUGUAUGUAUGUAUGUAUGUAUGUAUGUAUGUAUGUAUGUAUGUAUGUAUGUAUGUAUGUAUGUAUGUAUGUAUGUAUGUAUGUAUGUAUGUAUGUAUAUGUGCCUUCAGACUCAAUCACACUGAGCGAACAAAACGUGAAAGGCAUUCCAGAAAAUGUAUAGUUUUAAAAAGACAUUUCUUUUUGGCAGAUUCUUUUUAAUUGUAAUUAAUUUUUGAGAAAAUGUAAUAUAUUUUUGCCAUUUUAUUAAAAACCUUUGAGUGCAUAGCAACAUGUUGACAUAAUAAAAUAAAAUUUGCCCAAAGAAU